GAUCUAUCAAACUAACCACAGUUAUCUGAAUGUUUGUCUGUCUCUAGGUGCUACUCAGUCGUACAAAUCUUCGCAUAUCGGCCUCGAUGACGUGAUGGUUAAUCUGUGUGUAUAUAAGACAUUUAAACGUCAGCCGUUGUUUUAAUCCGGGACGCAUGUAAAGAAGAAAGUAAGCCGAGACUAUUUUAUACAAUUUAAUGAAGACUCUGAGCAGAUAUGUACGCGAUCUCUCUAGCUUAUUUAAUUAUAUUACAAGCAAUGUUACUAUCCCUGAUGUCGCUUGGAAGCUUACAUGCUGCCCCCUCUGCGGUGCGAAUAGGUGUGAUUCUUGACAGUCCAUCCGAAAAGGAAGACGACAUAAUUCUCCUAGCAACAGAACAAAUCAACACAGACGCUAUCAUUCUACCCAACACGCUGCUUGUAACGUCAUUAAAAAUAAUAAACAAAGAUGACACUUUUGCCGCUGUCCAGAAAGUUUGUUCAUUUGCCGCUGCCAAUUAUUCAGCUAUUGUGUCUUCCACGUCAUGUGACACUAGUAAAGUGAUUCAGUCUGUCUGUGAGGAGCUGAACAUUCCACACAUCGCGGUACCGCGGGAUAACUGCGAGAUCCGACGAAACAAUGGAUUCUCACUCAGUAUUCGACCCAAUUAUAUACAUAUAGAUCACGUGGUCCUGGGUGUCAUCAGAAGAUUGGGUUGGAAAGAGGCCAUCAUAUUCUACGACAGUGAAACAGCAUAUAGAAACGUCAAGAACUUGCUUGGUCUGGCAACGGCAGGCGAUUCAACACUGGAAGUUAUAUUGCUAAAAUUAGAUUGGAACCAAACAGAAAAUAAUUUCAAUGUAAAGAAACCACUACACAUAGCAAAGACGUCAACGAUACACAAUUAUAUUGUUUACUGUCAGAAAAAUAACAACUAUGCUUUACUUGACCAAGCUAGUGCAUUUGGUAUGACCCAGACUGACCACCAUUGGAUUGUCACGACACAGGAAAUCAGCGACAAUGAGAUGAAGCACUUCAAUCAGAGUACAGGAAUCAUUGCUCUCAUUCGUCAGGAAGUUAUAAUUAAUUACACGUCUCGACAUUUCUUGGAAGCCUGGCGACGGAUCUAUCCGAAUUACACCCACAAUGCACUGUCGUCGAGUUAUAAUAUAUCAACAACCGUAACUACGCCAUACGCUUUGAGUCCAGCAUUCAAGCCUUUGGAGCUGAACUUGAAUGCCGGAUACUUGUAUGACGCAAUACGAAUCACUGCGAUCACUAUCAACGACAUGAUCCAAAGAGGGAGAUGGACUGACCCUAUCAGUGUCACGUGUUACAAUUCAGAAAGAAGUAGAUCGUGGCAAUAUGGCAAAAAGUUCAAAAACGCGCUUUAUAGGGUCGACUCGCAGGGUCUACUUGGAAGAAUUCAUUUUAAUGGGACAACCUAUAACGAUAAUAUCAACUUAGAGAUUGUUAGUCUAGAGAGUGAACUGAACAAAACUUACAGCUGGAAGAUUGGUCAAUGGGAUCCUGUAAAUAAGCUUAACCUAACACAUAUGCCGUUUAUGAGAGGAGCGGGUUCACAGUUGGGAAAUAAGUCAUAUAAAAUCGUCACCAUCAUCGAGGCACCAUUUGUGAUGAUAGAAGAGACGGUAACUGGAGUCAAGUAUUCUGGUUACUGUAUCGAUAUGUUAAACGAGAUUGCAAAAGAACUAGAUUUUAAAUACACUUUAUAUUUGACACCUGAUGAUAAGUAUGGUGGCACUAACGACGAUGGCACAUGGAAUGGAUUGAUUGGACAGGUUUACUAUGGAAAAGCAGAUCUGGCGGUUGCCGGAAUGAUAAUUAAUUCAGACAGAGAAAAAGUAGUUGAUUUCACCAAACCAUAUAUGAGUUACGGCGUAGGAAUCUUGAUUCGAAAACCAAGUAAAAGAACAAACGUCUUUGCUUUCCUGGAGCCAUUGAACAUCUGGGUCUGGGGUUGUAUCUUAGCUGCAUUCUUCAUCGUUGGUGUAUUGUUAUACGUGCUGGAUAGACUCAGCCCUUACAGUAACCAUAAUGUGAAAAUCACCGAGGAACCAGCUCAGAGCGAAGAAUUUGAUCUGAAGAAUAGUUUAUGGUUUACUUUUGCAUCAUUUAUGCAACAAGGUGGGGACACAACUCCAAUUUCUCUCUCCGGGAGAAUUUUGAGUGCAUUUUGGUGGUUCUUUGCUCUUAUCGUUAUUGCAACGUACACAGCCAAUCUAGCUGCAUUCUUGACUGUGACGCGAAUGGUAAAUCCUAUACAAUCACUAGAAGACUUGGCAUAUCAGACGAAAGUUAUCUAUGGAACUAUCGAAGAUAGCAGUUUACAAACAUUCUUCAAGAAAAGAUCGACUGUUGGGAUCUAUGAGAGAAUGUGGAAUUAUAUGACCCAUGUAAACCCAUCACCGUGGUUCCUAAUGCCGAUGCUGGGUACAGGAGAGUUAAAGAAGAAUCGUAUGCUUUCUUUUGGGAUGCUCCAAUAUUGGAAUACAUUAAACAAACUGAGUGUGAUGUAA